CUUGUACACCAAUUUUGAAGAGAAAGGGUUUGAAAAAUGGUUUCGAAGCGUCUCCCAUUUGUUGUCUUUUUCUUCUCCAUCAUCCUUCUUUUCUCUUCCACGAUUGGUUCACCAUCACCAUCACCACCACCUUCACCAUCACUACCACCUUGUGUGGCAUUACCAAUAUUGCCACCCUUAGGCUCACCACCAUUGUCUCAGCCACCUACCUUACCACCGUCGUUGCCUCCCAUCUCACGACCACCACCACCACCUAACUCACGACCACCACCACCACCUAACUCACGACCACCAGUGUCUCAGCCACCUUCUAUACCACCAUCGUUGCCUCCCAUCUCACGACCACCAGUGUCUCAGCCACCUACCAUACCACCGUCGUCGCCUCCCAUCUCACGACCACCGCCACCACCUAGGUCACCACCAGUGUCUCAGCCACCUACUAUACCUCCAUCGUCGCCUCCCAUCUCACGACCACCCCCACCACCUAACUCACCACCAUUGUCGCCUCCCAUCUCACGACCACCGCCGCCACCUAUCUCACCGUCGCAGCGGCCUCCACCACCACCAGCUAGUUGUCAAAAUCUGGAUGUUUGUGCGGGUCUUUUGGCCUCAGUGCAAUUACCUGGGGUGGGGGCUACUGCAGCAAUCGGGAUUUGCUGUUCCACCCUCCAAACUUAUAACACUAAUAGAGCUGCUGAGUGCCUUUGCACCAAUGGGAGGGCCCAAGUUAACAAUGCUACCUUAUUAUCACUUCGAAUAAGCCAGAUAUUCGGUCGUUGUUCACUCGGCCCCAGUGACUACAGAUGCACUUAAGAGCAAAAUAUGUAUCAUAUUCUGCUCUUUCUUUCUCUUUUCAUACUUAAUCAAGGACGUUAUCAUUCCUGUCUACUACAUAUACACAUGCAGAUAUGUUAGUGGAAACUAUAUUAUUAUACCGAUAACCGUCCAUACAUUAUAAUAAAUAAAUAAUACUUUACAAAUAUAUAAUUGUGCUAUUAUUCUCCCCAUAGAUGGGGUGGGGAUCCUAUCUUCCUCCUUACUAUCUUUGUUUAUCAACUUUGACUGAAAGUUGUUCAAUAAAAAAAAUACUUUGUUUAAGAAGUAAUUCCGACUCAUUCAA